AUGGGGUCAGAAGAUCUGGCAGCCUCCCUCUCAGCCUCCCAGCAUGGGGUCAGAGCAGCCAGCAGCCCCCUAGCAUGGGGUCAGAGUCUGUCCUGGAUGUUGAGCUCCCAGCAGCCUUCCUCUCAGCCUCCAAGCAUGGGGUCAAAGCCUGUCCUGGAUGUUGAGCUCCCAGCAGCCUCCCUCUCAGCCUCCAAGCAUGGGGUCAGAGCACCCAGCAGCCUCUCUCUCAGCCUCCCAGCAUGGGAGUGUCUCUAUCACAAGCCCCUGGGGUUCGAGGCUGGUUCAGUGGCACCGGACCAGAUUAGCUGUUCUAACCAGGAAGAGUACAGCGGCUGGUAUUCGUCCUGGACCUCCAACAGGGCACGACUCAACAGCCAGGGCUUCGGGUGUGCAUGGCUGUCUAAGUUCCAGGACAACAGCCAGUGGAUCCAGAUUGACCUGCAGGAUGUGGGUGUGGUCUCAGGUAUCCUGACCCAGGGUCGCUGUGAUGCUGAUGAGUGGCUGACUAAGUACAGUGUCCAGUACCGCACCGAUCAGAACCUAAACUGGAUCUACUACAAGGACCAGACUGGCAACAACAGGGUGUUCUAUGGGAACUCGGACCGCUCGUCGUCCGUUCAGAACCUGCUGCGUCCUCCUAUUGUGGCCCGCUAUGUUAGGCUCCUCCCUCUGGGUUGGCACACCCGCAUUGCACUGCGCAUGGAGCUGCUGAUGUGCAUGAGCAAGUGUACCUAAAACCUAUGACCCUAAUAACCCUAACCCCUAACCCCUAACCUCUAACCCUGUCUAUCCUACUGGGCACAGAUGUCAGUUCAACAUCUUGUUUUGAUUUACAUUUGUUUACGUUGUAAAUGUAAAUUCAACGUGAAAUCAAGAAACAAAUUCACCAUGUCAUGUGAUUUAGGCUAAAAGGUUAGGUGAAACUAUGAGGAAAUGCUCUCAAGUUGAUUUGUUUUCCACAUUUAUUCAAACCUAUCAAAUUUAUUUUUUUGUGUUGAAAUUACAUGGAAACCACAUUGAUGGACCCAGUUUUUGCCCAGUGAGGUCAGAGUCCACCUUGCCCUUCCAUCUUAACUCCCAGACGCUUGCCAAAGGGCGACAUUAUUUAAGCAUUUCAUUGUACACUUGGCUGUAUGACGUCCAUAUGACAAACUAAACUUUGAUUUGUCCCUGGUCCGGUAACCCUGUCAAGACACAGUACCGAGCUAGUAGCAAUAGAAUGAUGUCUUGAUCUCUUUCCCUGUUUGUCUUCUAGGGGCUGUGGCUGUCAGUGUGUUUUAUUGGCAGAGACCAUUGUGUGUUUACCUUUUUUAACUAUAGUAAAUAAUACAGUAUUUAAUUUGCAUAUACCCUGCCCAUUCCCCUCCCCAUAUUCCAAUUUGUGCCACCCACAAGUUGAAAACGACAUGCCAAGUACACUAUAUGACCAAAAGUAUGUGGACACCUGCUCGUCGAACAUCUCAUUACUAAAUCAUGGGCAUUAAUAUGGAGUUGGUCCCCCCUUUGCUGCUAUAACAGCCUCCACAAUUCUGGGAAGGCUUUCCACUAGAUGUUGGAACAUUGCUGCUUUAACAGCCUCCACUCUUCUGGGAAGGCUUUCCAUGAGAUGUUGGAACAUUGCUGCUAUAACAGCCUCCACUCUUCUGGGAAGGCUUUCCAUGAGAUGUUGGAACAUUGCUGCUUUAACAGCCUCCACUCUUCUGGGAAGGCUUUCCAUGAGAUGUUGGAACAUUGCUGCUAUAACAGCCUCCACUCUUCUGGGAAGGCUUUCCAUGAGAUGUUGGAACAUUGCUGCGAGAAUUUACUUCCAUUCAGCCACAAGAGCAUUAGUGAUGUUGGGCAUUGAUGUUGGGCCCAACACAAGUUGCAUUCUUUCAGAGACAGAAAAAAAUGUGUCUGCUUGUAUAUUUAGCAAUGAAUCCACCGAUAGGAACAUCGCUGAAAGACUCUAUGGAACAAGGACAACCAUAUCUACACCCACAAAAAUGUGAAUUGCAAUCAAUAUAACAUAGAGCCAUCGUGAAAUGCCACUAAGCAGGACUUCAUUUAUUUUUAGAUCUCGCCCCCAUCAAUACACCUGAAGCCGUCAUAGGGUGUAUCGAUCAGCGCGCAACGCCCUGCCCUGCUUUCCUCCUGGGCUAUUAUGUGUGAAACACAUCUCACUGUCCUAGAAAUGCCUCAGACAUUAUGAAACCAAACCCAGAUUCCCCCAGGGUGAAAUUCCCCUUUAACUAUUAAGUUGUUAAUAUUCUUAGCUUUAUCCUUUGAAAAUAGACAAGUGGAAAAAUUCUGGGGAUGAGCAUGUGUAUCUUCAAUAUGUACACAUUGUUCCGCUUUAGUGCAUUUAACUUUAUGUCGCAAGUAAAAGCCUUUGGUGGCGAGUCAGUACAAUACAAGGUUAAAACCCCCCUCAGACUCAGGAAGGUUAAAACCACCCCCAGUCUCAGGAAGGUUAAAACCACAGUCAGACUCAGGAAGGUUAAAACCACCCUCAGACUUGAAGAUGUAAAACUUUCCUUUUAUUUGCCCAUUUAACAUCUAUGCCAUUCUGAAGAGGUUUAUUCUGCCUGUGAGAUUUAUGGGAAGAUUGUUUCCAUUUAAUUAGAUCUGCUUUCAUAUUGUUGAGUAAUGGAAUAAUGUUAACUUUAUAUAUUUGUUGUCACUUGUUAAGCAUCCCAAGUAUUUCAUAUUGUUUUGUGGUCCACAUAAAGGAUUGCUGUAGAUCGUGAGUUAAUAUUUUUCUUAUUACCAUCAUUUUUCCCCACGAUAAUUAUAUCAUGAGAUUUUUGAGCAUUCUGAGUUUUCGAUAUUGGUCAGCCAUAUCAGGAGAUCAUUUGCAAAUAAGUUUAGUUUAUAUUCAUGUUCACCAAUACUGAUACCUGUUACAUUUGGGUUCUGUAUAUUUCUUUCUGCAAGCGUUUCAAUUGCUAUUGCAAACAGGAGGUUGGAGAGGGGACAUUCCUGUCUAUUGCAAACGGGAGGUUGGAGAGGGGACAUUCCUGUCUAUUGCAAACAGGAGGUUGGAGAGGGGACAUUCCUGUCUAUUGCAAACAGGAGGUUGGAGAGGGGACAUUCCUGUCUAUUGCAAACAGGAGGUUGGAGAGGGGACAUUCCUGUCUAUUGCAAACAGGAGGUUGGAGAGGGGACAUUCCUGUCUUGUGCCCCUUUUUUAAUGCAAUUUUAUCAGAUAAUGUGUUAUUUUUGUAUGUUUUAGCUUUAGGACAUUUAUAUAAUAUUUCUUAUUAAAUUGAUUAUUUCAGCUGGAUGUGGCUGAAAUAGCUGAAUCCACCAAUUUGAAGGGGUGUCCUCAUACUUUGUAUAUAUAGUGUAUAUACCAUAUAUUGUGUACCAGGUUAUAGAAUAGAGCAGAAGCUCUGAACUAGCCGGUCAGACCCCAGUCCUACCUACCUACCUACAGGUUAUGGGAAAUAUGCUAUUUUACUAUUUCUCCAAUUGGUUUCCUGAAGGUGAUAUCCUCCACAAAGAUAAUAAAACUAAAACACUAUAAUAAAUACUACAGUGAUGUUCUCCAAAACACUACAGCAAAUACUACAGUAUACUACAGUCCGCAAAACACUACAUUAAUUACUAUAGUUUAUACUACAGUUUAUUUUACUACAAAAUGUAUACUAUUAGUUAGCUGUACAUACUACACUAUACUACAGCACAUACAUACGUAUACUAAACACUACAUUGAAUACUACAAUAUUUAUACCAUAGUAUACUAUAGUAUUUUUUUAUUUUUUUGUGAGUGAGAACAAGGAGCUGUAAACAUGAUCAUUGGGGGCCGGUUUACUGGACACAGAUUAAGCCUGGUCCUGAUUCUCCAUUGAGCAUGCUUUUUAGUCCAGGACGAGGCGUAAUCUGUGUCCGGGGAACUAGCCCCUAAUGAUCUAAAGCCCAGAGUCAGAUGAGAUGUGGACAUGUUGUUGAAUGUCCUGUAAACUAAAGUACUGUACUGUCUGUGUCUAUCUGUUUGAAUGUGACUUUUAUUGUGAUGUGUAACAGUAAGGUAUAGUGUUGCUGUAUUUCAGUGGUGUCUCCAAUGUCCUGUUCUGUUGAAUCACAUUAGAUUGUAUAUUCAGGGUUAGGCUUAGGGUUAGGCCAAUACACCCCUCAAUAAAGUGACAGCAUUGAAAGCAAA